AUGUACAUGCUCGCCCCCGUGGCCGGUCACCGCUUCACGGGCCGCGACGAAGUCUACGUCCUCGACAUCCACCGCCUCGGAGCAGGUCUCGCCUCUAUCACGUCAGACCAGCAACUCUCGCUCUUCGACCCAGCCCGCCUCGGCGCCGGCCCCAUCACCUCCCUGCCGACCGCGCACGGCAACAUCAAGGCCCUGCGCCCCUUUGACCGGUCAGCCUCGACCGUCUGCACCGCCGGCGACGACGGCACCGUAGCCCUCUGGGACCUCCGCAACCCGCGCUCCAGCGCCCUCGCCGCACGCUUCGCCGCCGCCGACGCCCCCCUCACGGCCCUCGCCUGCGACGCCGCCUCGCACACGCUCGCCGUCGGCACCGAGUUCGCCAACCACCAGUCCUCCAUCGCGCUCGACGACGUCACCGAGCUGUGCUUCCACCCGGCCGAGGCGCCGGGCGUCCUCCUCUCGGGGUCGACCGACGGCGUCGUCAACGUCUACGACACGCGGGCCGCCGACGAGGACGACGUCGUCGUGCAGACGCUCAACACGGGCUCCGUCCACCACGCCGCCUUCAUGAGCGCCUCCGAGGUCUACACGCUGACGCACGACGAGAAGCUCGCCGUCUUCAACCUCGACGCGGGCUACGAAAAGGGCACGCCCGUCGCCGAUUUUGGCGACGUGCGCGCCGAGCUCGCGUGUCAGUACGUCGCCAACGUGACGGCCAAGGUGGACGGCAGCGGCGCCAUCAUCGGCGUCGGAUCCCAGGAUCGACAGAAUUUCCAGCUCGUGCACCUCGCGCGGGGGAGCGAGAACAACAGCUGGGUCUUCGACAAGGCGUCGAGUGUUGGGCUGCCUGGCGGCCACGGGGAGGAGAUUGUGCGGGCCUUCUGCUUCUACGACGACGAGCAGGUCGUCUUUACGGCGGGGGAGGACGGCUACAUCAAGGCGUGGAGGCCGAAUUAG